GGCCCGGCGGGCGGGGCAGCGUUUCCCGGGCUCCCUCCGCCCCGGGACGUGGCGCGCUCUAGCGCGGUUCUCCCGCGGCGCGGCGCGCGCGGGCUCCGCCUGCCCCCUGCGGCCUCCUCGGAAAGGCCCCGGCUGCAGGGGCCGCUCGGCCCCGUUGCGUGAGGAGGCCGCGAGACGGGCCUGGGCUGCUGGGGAGCCUAGGCCCCCUCCCGCGCGGGCCGGGAACCCCUGCAGCGGCCCCGCUGCCAGGCGCGGGGAAGGCCGGGCGCGCCAGCGGCUGCUCGGGGGCUGGCCCGUCAUGGCGGGGUGCGAAGAAGGCUGAGCCCGCUGGGGCGGGGUCCUCUAGGGCAACCCAUUCAUCGAAGUGUGUGAGAGAGACUGGAGCCGCUGAGGCAGCCCAGGUGUCAGGGGCUGCGAAGAAGGCUGGGCCCACUGGGGCUGGCCCCUCAUCGCGGGGUGCGAAGAAGGCCGGGCCCACCGGGGCUGCCUUUAGGGCUGGCCCCUCAUCGGGGGGUGCGAAGAAGGUUGGGCCCACCGGGGCUGCCUUUAGAGCUGGCCCCUCAUCGCGGGGUGCGAAGAAGGCUGGGCCCACCGGGGCUCCCUUUAGGGGUGGCCCCUCAUCGGGGGGUGCGAAGAAGGCUGGGCCCGCUAGGGCUUUCUCUGGGGCUGGCCCCUCAUUGCGGCAUGUGAAGAAGGCUGGGCCCACUAGAGCUUUCUCUGGGGCUGGUCCUUCAUCUCGGAGUGCGAAGAGUACUGGCGCUGGUAAUGCUGAUCCUAGCAAAACUUCCUCAUUACAAGGCACAAGAAAACCUGGGUGCGCUUGCAUUAAAGGAUGCUAACAAGUAAUCUUUCUCUUCUCAUGAAUAAGCACGUGCAAUAGACUUACAGUGAUAUAUUUGUUUUGGGUCGUACGCUGACUUGGGCAUAAUGUCCAUGGAUAUAACUUUUCUGGGAACGGGCUCAGCAUAUCCAUCUCCAACAAGAGGAGCUUCAGCUUUAGUCGUUCGUAGUGAAGGAGAAUGCUGGCUAUUUGAUUGUGGCGAGGGAACUCAAACACAAUUUAUGAAAAGCCAUCUUAAAGCAGGUAGAAUUACUAAGAUAUUCAUAACUCAUCUUCAUGGGGACCAUUUUUUUGGUCUUCCUGGUCUCCUGUGCACAAUUAGUCUUCAGAGUAGUUCUACUACAAGCAAGCAACCUGUUGAUAUCUAUGGACCAUUAGGACUACGAAACUUCAUUUGCAGAACUCUGGAACUCUCCCACUCGCAACUUCUCUUUCCAUAUGUGGUUCAUGAACUGGUACCUACACCAGAUCAGUGCCCUGCAGAAGAAUUUAAAGAACUGUCUUAUGUUGACAGAGAUGAAGUCUCUUCCAAAGAAGUGCAAGGGAGAAUGCUCCAUCUGGAUCAUGUAGAAAACUCCUACACACUGGUCAACAAUCAGCAAUUUGUUAUGAAAGCAUUUCGAUUAUUUCACCGUAUUCCUUCCUUUGGAUUUUUAGUGGAGGAGAAGCAGCGGACUGGGAAACUCAAUGCACAGAAGCUAAAAGGCCUUGGAGUUCAGCCAGGUCCUAUAUAUGGGAAACUGAAGAAUGGUGUUACGGUUGUCUUAGAAAAUGGAGUAACCAUUUCUCCUUCAGAUGUCUUGGAUGAGCCUAUUCCUGGAAGAAAAAUUUGUAUUUUAGGUGACUGUUCAGGUGUGGUUGGAGAUGGAGCAAUGAAACUCUGUUACGAAGCAGAUGUGUUAAUUCAUGAAGCCACAUUGGAUGACACCCAAAUGGACAAAGCCAAAGAGCAUGGUCAUAGCACUCCAAAAAUGGCAGCUGAGUUUGCAAAGUUGUGUAAGGUUAAGAAACUGGUUCUGACUCACUUCAGUCAGAGGUAUAAACCAGCUGGUCAGAUUGGAGAAGGAGAUAUUGAUGUCACGGAACUGAAGAGACAAGCUGAAUCAGCGUUAAAUGGUCAAGAAGUAACUUUAGCUGAGGAUUUUAUGACAAUAGAAAUUCCAGGGAAAAAGCAGAAGUAGCAUCUAGCUCGAUAAUACCACACAAAGUAGCUUGCUGUUGGAUUGUGAGUUUACAGGUAGGGCUUCAGGUAUCCAAAUUGGUUCCUCAGUUUCCAGAUGAAGAAAGAGGUUGAAUUGCUAAGGUGACAUGCUCAGUUGCUAGAGAAUGACUAAGUGCUGGAUUUACUUGCUAUAGAGUUUUAAGGCUCAACUCUGUAAGAUGCUGAGUGCCUCAGCAACUUUAAUGGCAGUUGAAGGUGUUCCACACCUAUGAGAAAUGGGCCAUUAUAGAAUGGUAUUGCUGUUAACUUGCCUAGGAAGAAGGGAGAUGGAAAAGCAGAUUACUAGUCAAACUCACUGCCUUAAGUGAAUAUGUGUGCAGCUACCUAAGCAAGGCGGGGAAAUAAACUCAUUCUUAGGUUUAUAUAAAUACAAGUAUUCAAACAUAUGGAGACAAAGCAAAGUAUUUAUUGAUCGUUUAAACACUUAGCUGCAAAUCUAAAUAACUUUAUUUUACAAGUAUAUGGAACGCCUUUAACUUAACUUUUUGGAAUUUAAGUGUUUAGGUGAUUGAUACAGGUAUUUAGCCAAACAGUCUGGAAAACUUAACUGUAUAGGCAGAAAUCUUCCGAACACUAGACACUUUUAUUAGAACUUCAGAUUCUCUCGUCUUAAGUCUUAAAAUAGAACUUUGCAUUCUUUGCCUCUUAUUUACAAUCCUUUGUAAAUCUUAGUGGCAUAUCAAAGUAGAUAUUUUUUAACUUCUCAAUCUCUCAUGAGCUUUUGUAUAAAAUAUUUUCAAUAAUUAUUUACAUGAUUUUAUGUAAAAGGAAUAUUGCAUAAACAAACUAAUAAAGUAUUGAUAACUAUGCCACA